UGCGUAUGCGAUAACAUAUCGUCAUACAAAUGGAAGCGAGGCGAGAACUUGUACUGCUAUUCACGUAUAGCAUAUAAAAGUAUCAUGUCCCACAAAAUAGCCCCCAUUCACCAUUCCGAGUUAUUUGUGCAGCAACAACCAACAACAUGUCUCAGAUGUUAAACCAAGCCGCCAAUAUGGUUACAGGCGACGCCAAAUAUCGUCAGAUGGCUGAAUACACCAUCGACCAAGACGAUAAGACCCCUUACACUACGUAUUUCGGGGUCAAGGUGUCAGACACGGACAAUUCCCUUCGAGCCGGCGCGAGGGGACCCACUCUACUGGAAGACUUCCAUAACCGUGAAAAGAUUCAGCAUUUUGAUCACGAACGCAUUCCAGAGCGUGUAGUUCACGCCCGGGGGGCGGGCGCUUUCGGAGAAUUCAAGCUUCACACCCCGCUGACUGGCAUCACCACUGCGAAGGUUUUGACGGACACCAGUAAGGUCGUACCAGCCUAUGUUCGGUUCAGCACUGUUGCUGGUUCUCGGGGAAGCGCUGACACAGUGCGUGAUGUCCGUGGAUUUGCCACAAGACUUUAUACGGACGAAGGAAACUGGGAUAUCGUCGGCAAUAACAUACCAGUGUUCUUCAUUAAUGCCCAGACAGCUCACGACAAUGCUUGGGACUUCAUGUCUCUUCACAAGCCCGCUCUUCACAUGCAGCAAUGGAUCACGUCUGAUCGGGCGAUUCCUCGAUCGUACCGUAUGAUGCAAGGGUUUGGCGUUCAUACUUUCCGACUCAUCAAUGAGGAAGGUAAAAGUACCUUCGUUAAAUAUCAUUGGAUACCUCACCUUGGUACUCACUCUCUUGUGUGGGAUGAGGCCUUGAAGAUUGCAGGGCAGGACCCUGAUUUUCACCGAAGAGAUCUUUGGGACGCAAUCGAAGCUGGAACGUACGCCAAGUGGGAUUUGGGUGUGCAGCUGAUUAAAGAAGAAGAUGAGCACAAAUUUGAUUUUGAUCUCCUUGAUGCCACCAAGCUUAUCCCUGACGAGCUUGUGCCGGUUCAAAAAAUCGGUACCCUCACACUCAACCGCAAUCCUGUCGACUACUUUAGUGAAGUUGAGCAGGUUGCUUUCUGUACUCAGCACAUCGUUCCCGGCAUGGACUUUACCGAUGAUCCCCUUCUAGCUGGUCGAAACUUUUCCUAUCCUGAUACGCAGGUAUCUCGCCUGGGCAUCAAUUGGAAACACAUCCCUGUGAACAGGCCUGUUUGUCCCUUCAUGACCACUAUGCGAGAGGGUCAAAUGAGCAUGUUUAGUAAGAACAAUAGAACGCCUUAUCAUCCAAACAGGAAUGAAAAUCUCCCUCUUACAUCGCCUAAGGAGGGAGGUUUUAAAAGCUAUCCUGCAAAGGUGUCUGGUAUUAAAGAACGAGUUCAGGCCCCCAAAUUCAACGAUCAUUCCUCACAAGCCACUCUUUUCUGGAACUCUAUGAGUGAUGUAGAAAAGAAGCAUAUCAUUGACGCGUAUAAAUUUGAACUUUCACACUGUACUGACAAUUUGGUCAUACAAAAUGUCAUCAACUGUAUCAAUGAAAUCGACCAUGGACUUGCUACCGCAGUCCAUUCCGGCUUCCCUCAUCUCAGUCUGCCUGAAGCCAAACCCAACCAUGGUAAGAGGACAGAAUAUCUGUCUCAGAUUACGGGUAAAAAUCAAAUCUUCACUGCUGCCGGGAGAAAAAUUGGUAUCUUCCUUGUGCCAGGGUACGUUUACUCGCAAGUCGCUCCCCUUCUUGCAGCUUUCAAAGCUGCUGGAUGUAUGGUAAAGUUUGUCGGUCCGACUCUCGGUCCUGUUGAAGCUUCUGAUGGCCAGUCAUUCACUACGGAGUUUACUUUCGAAGGUUGCCGAUCCACAUAUUUCGACGCUCUUAUCUUCGCUGGCGGCCCUGAUAAUGCCUUUUUAUCCAAGCUCAAAGUUGGUCGCCUCAUUCACGCAGCUCGAGAGGCCUACAUGCAUCUGAAGGCGGUUGGGGCAGUCGGCAAUGCUACGCAAUGGUUGGUUGACACAUGUCUUCCUGGAGAAUUUAGCCCCAAAGUCAAGACAGAAUCCAGCGUGGUGCAGGAGAAUGGUGUCGUGUUCGCACCAAUCAACCCUACUCUCCACUCUGCACAAUUUGCCAAACAAUUUUUGGACGGUGUUGCCAAUCAUAGGGUUUGGGACAGAGAAGUCUCACACAUCGCUGCAUAGGCAACAAUUCGAAGAAUUUUCGCUUUCUUUGUUCAAAAUGUCUCGUGUAGCUCUUAUUAGCGAUUGUCCUUUCAGUAACAAUUAACAAAUGUAUGAAUAUUAACAAACAACAAAAC